AUGAUGUUGCUCGCCGCUUGGCCGCCACACUCUGCAGCAGCACCCAUGGAUCCGACGCCGCCGCCGACUGCAGUCAGCAAUCUAGAUUGGGAUGUUUCUUUUCGCGACGCGCGCAGGAGGACGUCCUCGGCAACUGCUCCCUCGCCUACUCUUGCGCCGCAUCACCAGCAUCAGCCCUACCACCAGCCUCAGCACCGUCACACUCAGAGCCAGAGCCAAAGUCAACACCGCGAGCAUGCGCACCUCAUCCCACGCGGCGAGAUCGCCAUGUCCAUGCAUCAAACGGCCCAUCAAGGCGUUCCCACGACCGAGUCCCAGUAUCUCGGCGCUGGUACCGGAGCCAUCUCUCAUUCAGACCAUCACCCACCGCACCAUCACCACCAUCAUUCCUCAUCCUUUGAAUACUUCACCGGUAACAACCAUUACAUGAGCUCUCCUCCCCUGCAGCCGCACUUCCCCCUGGGCCAGUAUUACUCUGUGCAGAAUACCGAGUCGUCCACAUCCGAUGCAACCUUUCCCUUUGCAUACACCAGCCCCUGUAGUUCCACCAGCGACCCCAUGCUUCCUGCUAGCACCCAGGCGACGGCCACGACUUUGUAUCAAGACCAUCACCCUCAGCCGCUUUCUCUGCCGCAAAGCCAUCACGACGAGAAACCAUCCCUUGGGGACGCCCUCUCACCAUCGGCGGUCGCGACAGCGGCAGCCCCCACGAGCACGCGCCGCCGUCGCGAGAAUCGCUAUCGAAACGCGCCACCGGGCGUCCUCUCCCGUCGCCGGGCGCAGAACAGAGCUUCGCAGCGCGCCUACCGCGAGCGCAAGGAGCAGCGCAUCCGAGACCUCGAGCAACUCCUGCGCGAGGCCAACACUCGCGAGGAAACCCUGGCCGAAGCAUACGUCACCCUUCAAGCCGAGCUCGACCAACUGCGUCCCGGCGCCUCCACGUCCCCGCCAAGCUCCUCUCAGUCUCCCUGUCGAUGCGGCAGCAGCACCGUGGCAACGACCGCCGCGUCCAAAGCCAAAUCGAGCACGGAGCACUCGCCAAGCUUACCGCCGCCUCCCCCGGCAGCGCCACCCCCCUCUCUCCCUCCAGAUUCUGAGGCCGCUACCGCCCCAGUCGAGUCCUCAUCGGCUGGGCCGCAACUCGGCCCACGAGCGGGUAUCAAGGUAGAAUCCGCUGCCGCCUCCUUCGAUCACCUUGCCGCUCAGGUCAACCAUGCGGCCGCUUCGGUUAACCUCGGCGGCGGCGUCUCCUACGCCAUGCCCCUGGACAUGAAAGGUUUCCCACGGCAGAUAUAG